AUGGGGGGUUUUCGCUACAAGGAGGGGAAGGGAGGCGGUGCACUGUCUCCUUUUAAUAGGAGGAGACAGUGGAGAGUUGGUGGUGGUGUUGGUGGUGUUGGUGGUGGUGGUGGUGUUGGGGGAGGAGGAGCCGGAGGAGUAGGGGGUGAUGGUGAGGGUGUUGCUGGUGAGAGUGAUAGUGAGGAGACAGAUCGUCCCCCUUUGUUUAGCUGGGACUUGAGUGUAAAUUUAGUAUUAGUGGGGGCUGGGCUGUCUCUUAUAGACAGCAAGCCAGCAGAGAUAUUCUAUGGAUCUACAUGCAGGCUAGCGUCAGCGACGGAGACACCUCCCGCAAAGCAGCAACAGCAGCAGCAGCAGCAGCAGGAAGAGGAACAGCAGGAACAGGAGCAGGAGGAGGAGGAAGAAAUACUCAAGGGACAGCAGGAGACAGUUCGCGCCAGGCUGCAACCCAAAGACAGCAGCACAACACCGGGGGCCCCCACGGCCUUGGCCCUGUCUCCCCCCGCAUAG